UGCACUCGUGGGGGGAACAUUUUCAAUAGACCUGUCGUUUAAGUAACCUCCAAAUGUUAUGAUACUCCAUGUAUAAAAAAUCUACUUAACAAUAGUACAUUUGCGAUUAUAAACAUGAAUGACAAUGAAAAUCAAGAAGACUCGAAUGUCAGUACCGAAGAUGAUUCGGAAACUGACAGCGAGGAAUGGAGCGAUGACAGUGUUCCACCUGCGACUAUCAGUGGGAUAGAAAAUUUAGAAGAAGUUAUUGCGCUGAAUGAAGACGAAGAGCAGGAUGAGGUAGUUAAAGCUAUCAUGAAAUCUAAGGAACUACACAGAGAUCAUCCACCUGUCAUAGUAACGGAGGAAUUUACAGUCGACUUAUGUUUCCAUCCAGUCGAUGAUUUGAUUGCUCUUGCCAGUAUUACAGGAGAUGUACUAUUGUAUAGGUACAAUAAUGAAGAAACGGAACUUGUUUCUACUUUAGAACUGCAUUUAAAAGCAUGUCGAGAUGUAGAAUUUAGUCACGAUGGAAAAAUUCUAUACUCCACUGCAAAAGAUAGAUCAAUUAUAUUAACCGAUCUGGAAACUGAAAAACUCACAAGAAUCUACGAAAAUGCUCAUGAGCACCCAGUUUAUACCAUGUACGUCAUUAAUGAAAAUGUUUUUGCAACAGGUGAUGAUGAUGGUGUAGUCAAAUUGUGGGAUCUCAGACAGAGAGGAGAUUCACCAUUACUGUCACUGAAAGAAAUGCAAGAUUACGUCGGUUCAAUGAUUACAACAAGCGAUGAAAAAUAUCUAGCAUGUUCAAGUGGGGAUGGUACAUUAACGACAUUGAACAUCCGUGCAAAAAAAAUGCAUGUCCAGUCCGAGGAAUACGACGAAGAACUGAUUUGCUUGGGACUAAUGAAAGAUGAAACUAAACUGUUGACUGCUACGAGCAAAGGAAAAAUGUAUGUUUUUAACUGGGGAGAGUUUGGUUAUCAUUCCGAUGAAUUUCCCACUGUGACAAAGAAACCAAUUAAUUCUAUGGUAACUAUCACUGAUACCGUUGUGAUAACAGGAGGUGACGAUGGAUUAUUAAGAGGAACGAGUUUGUUUCCUCAUCGGCAAUUGGGAGUGGUAGGACAGCACAAAUUCUCAAUAGAAGCACUCGACGUAUGCAACGAUGGCACCUUAAUCGCAUCUUGUUCACAUGACAAUGAAGUCAAAUUUUGGAACGUUAAAUACUUUGAGACAUUGGAUGCCUCGGAACCCAUCAAAGGAGGCAAACAGAAACGCAUGAAACAUAAUCUGCCCAGCAGUAAAGUUGACAACGCAAAGGAUUUCUUCGCCAAUCUCUGAUGCAUCGACUGUAAAAUAAACUGUACAGAAUAUACGUUAUAGUGAAAUCUC